AUGACCCUGCCAGGCACCGACUACAUCAACUUCGGCUUCGACACUGACAUGGCAGACAAACAGCCAGUGCAGCAGCAACAAGACAGACUCUCGACCUCCCCUCAACGCCGCAAUCUUGACUUCUUCACCAGCCCAACGAACGCGAGAAAAGUCCGCAGUUUCAUGAAUGCUGCCCCUCCUGCCAUCGUGGCAACUCCGCACAGCCAUCUGCAACCCACCAGCUGCCCGACUAGCAUGCCGCUUCAGUCGUUCGCCGGGCCGAGUAGCCGUUCUCCCACCCGAUACGCUCCUUACAGCCGUCGACCAGCCACCACUGGCCCCUCGCCACCACCAACAGUCACGCCUGCGGCACAGCCCUCCUCUCCUCACGGCAGAUCCCCACCCAGUCCCCGACGCUUUCUCUUUCCACCGACCGAGCAGGAGCAGCCCCCACCGCAGCCAGAGACACACUCAUCGCCUCCCCGCUAUCUAGUCUGCAAUCUUUGUAUAUUGCCUUUCAUGCCCUCGGCGGAGACGAUCCGGCCGGAUGUCCAGGGGCGUGCUUACUGCAGUUACUGCAUUGGUGUGGUGGCGAAUCGCAUUGUGAAGGAGCAAAAGGAGCGGGUGUAUGGAGUUGCCGAGGACGAGACAGAGCGGAGUGGAGAGGUGGAGGAGGGUGGAGAGGGUGUUGGAGCCGGCGAGCAGGAGUCCACGCGUGGGAAUGCUCAAGACGUUGAUGAGCAUGGCGAAAUGGCGAAUGUGGAUAAGGCGAAGGGUAAGGCAGUCGAGCCAGAGGACGAGGUCGGAGGGGUGGGCGAUAUGGAUUGGGCAUUCGAUUUUCAGGGUUAUGGGUCAGGCGCCGGCGUUGACUAG